UGUUUUCGCUUCUUCGAACCCUCGCUCGGGCUGUCGUGCUCUCGAAGUGAAGAAUGGAGCCACGAAUCAUACACAGAACUCAUGAGUCCACCAGUACCGGCGGAAUUCGUUCCAAUUCCAUUUCCUUAAUUCUUAGAAAAAUCGAAAAAAAGAAGAAGAAGAAGAAGAAGAGAGGAGAAAACAUUAAAACGCCCCUUCCUCUUCCGUCCCCUCUUCUCUUCCCCGAGUCUCUCUCUUCUCUCACUUUCUCUGACCUCCAAAUCCCCUCGAAAACUCGCGCUCAGUCGAAGCAGCAGCCCCACACAAGCACGCAGUUUCUCUCUCUCGCUCUCUCUCUCCCUCUCAUUGAGCUCCGUUUCUCUCUCCUCUCUCAUCAAAAUCGAAACUUUGGUGAGUUGGUGAGUACCCUUUCACCCCCUCGCGCUGCUGAAUCCCAAACCCCUAAACCCUCGCUCGCUCGCCCGCCUACCCUCCCCGCCCCCAGCAAAUUUCCCCUUCUUCUUAAACCCUAAUUCGCUUCGAUUCUCGCGCGCAAUCCGCUCCCAUCGGCGGUCCCGUCCCGAUUCGCGCGCCGUUGAUUGCCUUAUAAUGUCCAACUCCCGAUUCGCGCGCCGCGAUUGCCUAGAACCGACUCGGGUCCACCCGGAUAGCCGGUUCUACAACCCGCCCCCCGUCCGGCGCCACCAGGAGCAGCGGCGCCACCAGGAGCAGCAGCAGCUCCUGCAGCAGCAGCAGCAGCAGCAGCAGCUGCUGCAGAAGCAGCUCCAGAAGCAGUCCCGGAUCGACUCGGCCGAGGCGGAGGCCCGCCCUGACUCCUCGGACGAGUCGGCAUUGUCGCGGCCGAACUCGGUCUGCUCGUCCUCGCCCCCCAGGACCCCGAAUUUGACCAAUUUGGAUCGUCUCAUGGAUUCCGUCACGCCCUCGGUCCGGGCUCACCCGCCUGAGUUGAGAUCGAGGCGUUUGCGAACACGUGAAGCUGAUCCACACCCUUAUUAUUUUCUUGAGGAUUUAUGGGAAUCUUUUAAAGAGUGGAGUGUCUUUGGAGUUGGAGUGCCUCUACUGUUGACUGGGGGUGAGCCUGUGAAGCAGUAUUAUGUUCCAUCAUUAUCUGGUAUUCAGUUGUACAUAGAUCCUCUUAGACCAAGGAGAACGGGUGAAGACAGUGAUGCUGAGACAUCGAGAGAGACAAGCAGUGCUGGCAGCAGUGACUGUGAAGUGGAAAGAAGAGGGAAGGGUAUUGUUGAUGCAUCAUGGAAUCAACACAAUCUUAUUAAUUCAAACUCGCAGAAGAUGAAUAGACUGACAUUAAGAGAGAAGCCUCUCGUGAGUUCAUCGAGUGAUGAAGCAGAUAUUGGCAAUUCCUCUGGGACGCUAUUAUUUGAGUAUUUGGAGCAAGAGCAGCCUCAUCAUCGCAAACCUUUUUAUGACAAGGUUUCAAUUCUCGCAUCUCAGUUUCCUGACCUAAAAAGAUACAGAAGCUGCGAUAUAUUGCCUUCAAGUUGGAUUUGUGUCGCAUGGUAUCCAAUAUAUAGAAUACCCGUCGGCCCCACUCUGCAGAAUUUUGAUGCAUCCUUUCUAUCAUUUCAUCCUUUGUCAACGCACUCAAGAAGCAAAUUCGAGCCACAGCUUCAUGUUUCAAGUGGCAGAAGGGCCCGUGGAGUUAGCACACCCUCUAAGUUUUCUCUUCCUGCUUUCGGUCUCGCUUCCUAUAAACUAGGAGGCUCAAUUUUAACUCCUAAUGGACCACAUGAAUCCCAGCAGGCGAACUAUCUCUUGCAAGCUGCUGAUGAUUGGCUCCGGCGGCUGCAGGUUUCUCUUCCAGAUUACCAGUUCUUUGUCUCCCACAACACACAGUGGAGAUAACAGAAGGAUGACGAUCCCUUCUCUAAAGUGCUUUGCUCUAUAGGCAUAUGAUUUUACGGUGUCAAUUUUGAUAAUGGUAUAUGAGAUAGAAAGAAUGUGUUUUAGAGUAAAAGGCAUCUAUUUUCCAUUAUGCCCCGCUAAACAGAUUGUUUUAUGUGCCUUCAUAACUUUGUAAUUAUGUUAAUCUCCCCCUGCAAAUUUAGUUGUCUAGAGGGGGAAAGGUGAAAAAAAUUACUUUAUUGAUUCAGGUUCAGCUUAGGUAGCUCUGACUUUUGAGUUCCAUGAAAGAAUUGCAGUCAGUUGGGAAUAUUGGAAGGAAAAGAAUUACUUAAUGUAUGUAAAGUUGAAAUAUGCAAGUUGCAUAGAUUUCUACAUGAUCAACCAUUGGUUUUCUAUAUGAUAAUCAAUUGUUUUUUA